AGGUCUGCUAUGUAGUAUGAUUCUUGGCUAUUUUUAGAGAGGAUACGUAUUUAAGUGACUGAAGGUUGAACCAGCUGCAUAUUACGCUCUCCCACUUACUCAUUUGACGUUGACCUCAGAAGUUGGGUAAAAAGGAUGAGUCUUUUUGGUGGUACUGCUGCUAGUGGCGGUGGGAGCCUCUUCGGCGGUGGUGGUGCCGCUGCGCCAGCAUCUGGCGGAGCCAGCCUCUUCGGAGGUGGUGGUACAGCUGCUGCUGCACCAGCGUCUGGCGGCACUAGUCUUUUCGGCGGUGGCGGCGGUGCCGCAGGAGCUGCGCCUGCCAGUACAGGUAGCAUCUUUGGAGGUGGAGCAACAGGAGCAGCGCCAGCGGCGAGUGGAGGCAGCAGUCUCUUCGGAGGUGGUGCCGCGACUACAGCUGCACCAGCUAGCGGUGGUACUAGUCUCUUUGGAGGAGGUGGAGCUGCAGCAACGACUGCACCUCCUGCUGCACCAGCAGGUGGACCUGCGCCAGCUCCUGCAGCACCAGCUGCAACUGGUACUAGUCUCUUCGGAGCAGCGACUGGAACAACAGCUCCAGCGACCACGACUGCUGCUGCACCAGCAGCGACUGGAGCAAGUCUCUUUGGUGGCGGCGCAGCAUCAUCGGCACCAGCAGCAUCCUCGGGAGCAGCACCAGCAGCGACGAGUGUAUUUGGUGCGCCAGCUACUGCGGCAGCAGGAACUGGUGCAGCGACGACUAGUGCACCGGCAACUGGAGGAACAAGUUUGUUUGGUGCACCCGCUGCAACAGAGAAAAAGGAUCAACCAGCAGCUGCAACAGGUAAGAAAAUAAGACUGCCUCAAGCAUAGUAGUUGAUAAAGAAUACAAAGUUAGGUCAUAGUGAUCAAAAUCACUCACUUUCUUCCGUACUUCAGCGAUCAUGUAUACUGUCGUUUCCAGGUUCCUUGUUUGGCGGAGGUGGAGUAGCAGCUGCCACGAAUGGAAACGCACCUGCAGCAACAACUACUACAGCACUCGCCAAAAAAGACGAGGCAAGCGCCGCAACUCUCAAGAUGUCGGUACUUUCCACAUCAUGUUUUGUAAUCGAUCCUGAUUUAUUUUAGUCUUCCACCUUCCCACCUCUCGUGUGUGCAUUUCUGAUUAGCUUAUCUAUCUGCGGGGCUUGUGAAGUUAAACAACCUGCAAUCUAAUCCAGUCAUCAUUAUUUUUGCUCAUCGUUUCCUCGUUUGUGACUUGGAUUCUUCCCAUGACGAUCAUUUGCAUUCUUACGUCCUAAAUCUAUCAAAAUCAUAGGUGAACGAGCAUCGCAAAGUUGGCGAGGUUCUUCGGUCUUACGAGGAACGAAUUCUGAAGCAGGGUGCGGUGUUUCAGCAGGCAGCCCAGCAAGCUGUCGAAGUUGAUACUGCUUUGAUAUCCAAUAGUUUGAAGAUUCGAGAAUUAACUUUAGAGUACGAGACUCUUAGAGUAAAGCAAGAUAACGUGGAAGAGAGCCUGCGUGCGAUCCAUGGGCAGCAAGACGCUUUAGCAAACUUGAUGAGCUCGUUGCAGAGCAGUCUGCAGAGUAAGGCAAGUGAUAUGCAGGUCGGAGGUACUGGAGGAUUUGGAGGGUCUUUGACGCAAACACAUCAAAAAGCGAACGUUUUAGCACUUCACUUAGACGACUUAGAAAGACAGGUCCAGGAGUUGACUGCGGAGUUGCAAACAGUGCAUGGGAAACAGUACUAGAUGAACGAUUUUAAAUAUUUCUUCUUUAUGAGUAUGAGUACUUUCUAGCUUAGUCAGGGAGAAACGAAUUUAGGUAAUAGAGAUGCAGUUGCAAUUAUGAAGAGAAGAAAAAGAACAGCAAAUUUUUGAUGUGCGUAUCCAUGAUGUCAACAUCGUAGAUGAAAGAACGAACCAGCAUGAUAUGACUCCUCACAAUUCAUGUAAUCUACAAAUCAGGUAUUCUGCUUCUUUGGGUGGUGUGGCGCAAGUGUUGGCAUCUCAAGCUGACACCUUAGACGAACUAGGGAAGCAGGCAGAGGACACUAGUGGUCGCCUAUCCAUGCUAGAACACGCUUUGCAGCUGUAAAUAAGUGGAGCACGACGCUUUGCAGGGCAUGCUUUCGUGAGCGAGAAGAUGAAAAGAAGAACUCACUGUCUAGAACGAUGCUUAUACUCCUACGCAGAUGAUCAUGCUUAAGCAUGACAACAACACACACAUCCAUGACAAUUACACCCGGUGUUAUCACGAUUCAAUUCUCAUUGUUUCAGACGAACUACCUCGCCCCAUUUUUCGAUUGCCCAUUUUUCGACUGCACCAUGUUGAUACCUCUUGAUCAUUUUACUGUAUGA